GGGCGGGGUCCCGGGUGGAGGUGCUGCGCCCUAGGCCGGCCUCUCCGGGAUCUGCACCGCCUGCCUGAAGUCUCGUGAUGUUGGUCAUAAGGUCUCCAGUGCCAGCUGGGCCAGCAGCCGCGGUUGCAGCAUGGCCUCGGAGCAGGAUGUGCGGUCCAAGCUGCAGCGCGCGGGCCAGGAUCAUCUCCUUCGCUUCUGGGACGAUUUGGCUCCCGAGCCUCGAGCGGCGCUCCUAGCGGAGCUCGCCUCGCUGGAGCCCGAUGUUCUCCGUGAGCACUGCCAGCGUGCCUCGGCCGCCUGCUCGCUAGCCCCGGGCCCUCUGCCCGACCUGGCGGCGCGCCUGCAGCCCCUGCCCCCAGAACGCGUAGGCAGCGCGAUCCGCUGCGACCAAGAGACACGCCGGCGGUGGGAAGAGGAAGGUUUCCGACAGAUUGCUCUGAACAAGGUGGCUGUCCUGCUGCUGGCCGGUGGGCAGGGAACUCGCCUGGGCGUCACCUACCCUAAGGGCAUGUAUCAAGUAGGGCUGCCCAGCCAGAAGACCCUGUAUCAGCUGCAGGCAGAGCGGAUCCGGCGUGUUGAACAGUUGGCUGGCCAGCGACUGGGGACCCACUGCACCGUGCCCUGGUACAUCAUGACGAGUGAGUUUACACUGGGACCCACCAUCAAGUUCUUCAAGGAGCACGACUUCUUCCACCUAGACCCCGAUAACGUGGUCCUCUUCGAGCAGCGCAUGCUACCUGCCGUGACCUUUGAGGGCAAGGCCAUACUGGAACGGAAAGACAAAGUUGCCAUGGCCCCAGAUGGUAACGGGGGCUUGUACUGUGCCCUGGCGGAUCACCAGAUCCUUGAGGACAUGGAGCGGCGGGGCGUGGAGUUUGUGCAUGUGUACUGUGUGGACAACAUCCUGGUGCGUCUGGCUGACCCCGUCUUCAUAGGCUUCUGUGUGCUUCAGGGAGCCGACUGUGGUGCCAAGGUGGUGGAAAAAGCAUACCCUGAGGAGCCAGUGGGUGUGGUGUGCCAGGUGGAUGGUGUCCCCCAGGUGGUGGAAUACAGCGAGAUUAGCCCCGAGAUUGCUGGGCUCCGAGGGGAUGACGGGGGCUUGCUCUACAACACAGGCAACAUCUGCAACCACUUCUUCACCCGAGACUUCCUGGAUAUGGUCACCAGGGAGUUUGAGCCCUUGCUGAAGCUGCAUGUGGCUGUGAAGAAGGUCCCAUACGUGGAUGAGGAGGGAAAUCUGGUAAAGCCGCUAAAACCGAAUGGGAUAAAGAUGGAGAAGUUUGUGUUUGAUGUGUUCCAGUUUGCUAAGAACUUCGUUGCCUUUGAAGUGCCUCGGGAGGAAGAAUUCUCCCCACUGAAGAAUGCCGACACAGCCAGCACGGAUAACCCUUCCACCUCCAGGAGAGCUUUGUUGGCUCAGCACCACCGCUGGGCUCUGCAGGCCGGAGCCCACUUCCUGGAUGGACAUGGGGUCCAGCUUCCUGAGCAGUCUGGCUUGCUCCCAAAUGGAGACCCUCCAGCCAUCUGUGAGAUAUCGCCCUUGGUGUCUUACUCCGGAGAGGGGUUGGAGAUGUACUUGCAAGGCCGAAAACUCCAGUCUCCAUUCAUUCUGGACGAGGACCAAGCCAGGCUGCUGCAGCCACAGAAGUGCUAACCUGCUUGCUCCCAGCCUCUCCAGCCCUGGGGUCCUAUCAGAUGCUGAUAGAGCUCUGGCCCAGGCUCUGACUAGAAAUGCUGGCCUGCAGGGCACAGAAGGGAGUGUGCUAGUUUACUUCACAAGGUUGGGACCUCUUGGGUACCCCCGGGCUGUGACUGUCUCUGUGUGUGGCAUUUGCUUUUGUUUUUGUCUCAUUGCUGACUCUGGGACUCAGCUGAUAGGCAAAGGGUUGGGGACCUUGGAAAAUGGGGCUAGAGGUAGAGUGUGAGGAGGUGUUGUCUGAGAAGGGACAGGAGAUGCCCUCUGUCAUCCACUCUGCCAGCCCAGGCCAGCCACAUGCUCAGCAGACAGUGAGAUAUGCCUCAUGGGGAUAUAGUUAAAGGACCCCUCCUCCCAGUAGCUGAGCAUGUCACCCCAUGUGCCUAGACAGAAGGAGCCUGAUGCCCUGGUUAAAACUAGCUUUGAGAACUCUCAUCUGCACACUGAGAUGAAAGCAGUUCUCCGGGCCUUCCCACAGCUCUCUCCCACAGCCCCAAGUCUCCCAGUCAACACCCACAAGUGGGCCUGGCUGCUGUGUUCUUAAGUCUUUUCCCCCCCAAAGAACCAGAGGCCACACUGUUGACUUUUGGACUGGCUCCUGGUUCUGACCGGGUCUGGAGCACACCUCAUCCUGGUUAGUUUCUUUUCCCAGAGCUUAGAGCUUAAGCUCUCAGCUGGAGGUGUAGCCUCUGUCUAUCUAGGUGGUGCUUAGCUCUGCCACCCAGCCUUGUUCUGUCUCUGACACGACUCCGUUGACUCAUAGCUGCUUUCCCAUGCAGGAAAAUGGUGACACUGGCCCUUCCCCUAAUGUAACAGUGGUUAGGAGAGGCAGCCUGCUCCUCAGCCACCUAGCCCUGGAUGUAUGGGCUCCGCCACCUAGCCCCAGAUGUAUGGGCUCAGCCACCUAGCCCCAGAUGUAUGGGCUCCUGCUCUCAUUCCUGGCCACUUUCCCAGAGGAGGUUGCUGGGAAGAGUAUAUUUACCAUUCAGUGUGCAAACAGUGGGUCUGGACUUGUGAAAGAUGGCAGGAUUGGGCCCACGGCCGCCAUUGUUGGGACUGACACGUCAAAGACAAACUGGGCUCUGUGGUCAUCUUGCUGUAGGCCCCAGGAGCAAACUGUAUUUUGGCAUCCUUCUCUUACUGCUCCACAGACAAGCUGGGGUCCCUGGAGCAGGAGAGGGUCCCAGAGGGAGAUCAGAGCCUCAGGCUCCUCCUGAAUAAACAAUCAGUUGGGUGAAUUCUUGAAAGGAGUUAAAAAAAAAAAAAAUUCGCCGGGCGGUGGUGGCGCACGCCUUUAAUCCCAGCACUCGGGAGGCAGAGCCAGGCGGAUCUCUGUGAGUUCGAGGCCAGCCUGGAAAGGCGCAAAGCUACACAGAGAAACCCUGUCUCGAAAAACCAAAAAAAAAAAAAAAAAAAAAAAAAAAAAAAAAAAAAAAAAAUUCAAAGAGGUCUCCAUGUCCUUCACCCAUUUCCCUGGUGAGUGUAUCUUACAUGAUUAUAAGACACUAUCAAGCUGGGGGUGAUGGGAUGCAGUGUUUAGAGCUUUCAUGUGGCUAUAUUAGUGUACCCAAAGUGUUCCCUCACCCUAGAGCUCUCCAGUCACACUCCACCAUUCCUAGUCCCAGAUUGCCCUGAAAAGACUGACUUUUGAGAGACUGGACAUUGUUUUCACAGAUAGGACAUUUGCAGUAAAUCCCGGCCACGGGUUGGUUUGUCUUUUUUGGAGGCAAGGUCGUGUGUAUCCCAGGCUGGCCUUGAAUUAGCUACAUAGCCAAGGACGACCUUGGACAUCUGAACCUCCUGGAUAAGGUGUUUAUGGGAUGGUGGGAAUUGAAUCCAGGGCUUCAUUUGCAUGGUGGGCAAGCACUCUACCAACAGUUCCAGCCUCAGGUGCAGUGUUUCAUGGCAUACAGACAGGGGAUGGGUAUAUCCACGGGACAGGGCUUUGGGAAGAGGAGGCUGCCCAAGAAACCCUUCAUGCUUCUAUCCUCCUCUUCACCAGGGAUUCAGAGAAACCCAAGACACAGGACACUCAGGGAAGACCACUGGAGUGGGGCUGGAGGCUCACCCACGGGUACGUCCCUUCUUGAUAAGCCGGUACUUAGUCAGUCACUUCAGAACGCACCGCUUGAGGGCAUUGCUGAGACUACCUACAGUUAUUUGUUGGAAGACAACUAACAGGACACUGAAUGUGACCUUGAGAAGGGAAGAGUCAUGAGUCGUGACAGCACAUGCCUUUAAUCCCAGUACUGGGGAGGCAGAGGCAGGCAGAACUCUGUAAGUUCGAGGCCAGCCUGGUCUACAAAGCAAGUUCUAGGACAGGCACCAAAACCACACAGAGAAACCUUGUCUUAAAAAACACAGAAAACAAAAGGGAAGGAGUCAGACCAGGAGAGUUUUCAAAUUCAGAGAAACGGAAGGCCAGGCAGGCUUGCCAUAUGAGGAACCCUUCAGGCACCCAGAAAUGCACACUGUCAAUGUGCAGCUGGAACCUGGGUGUGGUGCACACCUUUAGUGCCAAUACUAUGGAGACAGAGGUCGGCAGAUCUCUUGAGUUUGAGACCAGUCUGGUCUACAUAGCAAGUUCCAGGUCAGUUAGGACUACAUAGUGAGACUGUGUCUCAAAAACAAAAGCUGUGUAGUUGGGCCUGGAGCAAACAGGAGUCAGGAAGCCGCUCAUACUCCAUAGAUGCUGCUUUGCAGGUUUGAGCUUUUACUUGGAACCAUGUGUAGCAAAUGUAAGUAGUUCAUCGUGUAGCAUAGCUCCCAAGGCCGUGGACUGAGUGAAACCUCCCUGUUAGAUCCCUUACCGGCAGGGAGGGCCAAGCAGUGUCCUUAGGUGCACAGGGCCCUGCUCUAGCCAUAGUUACCUUACGAGGAAGCAGGCUGGGCCUGCUCUGGGUUCCCACUAUAGAGGACAACAGUCUUCAUACUGAACCUUACAUGGACUCACCCCAUUUUAUACAGUAGGAUUCUGCUGUAUCUGCAUCUCUAGUAUCCAUCAAACUCACCACGCGUCAGGAAGCCCGCCCAGAACACCAUCAGAACUGAGAAAGAACCUUUCUUCCAUCUGGCCCGCUGUGUUCUGGUCUCUGUAUCUACUCCGUUCUUGCUUUCAGUCCAGAACCCUUCAGUCUCUUUAACCUUUCUUAGUGGUUCUAUGUCAUUGUAUGAUACAAACAAAAUAUGUGAUCUGAGAGUUGGCUGCUACUAGUAAUUGACAUUGAAGUGGAAUAAAGGAACCCAUGCUU